AUGAGUCCAUCGAGACCAAGUGAGGCUUCACUAGGGGAUGCAGAUGCACGGUCUCCUCAACGUCCAGGCACCGCGCCGUCGGCGAAGCCGCCGAAACCUCCGAAGCUGCCGCCCGAAGGUGGCGGCUAUCCAAGCGCGGUCCUGCCCGGAGGCGCCCUGCGACCUGCCCAGAGCAACAGGAUGGAUGAGUUGUUGACGAAGUCAGAGGUUCAAACACCUGACAGCCCAAAGCAAAUGCUGAAGGUCUUAGCGCUGCACGGGGAAGCGCUGAAGCGCCAGCUUGAGACACAACUGGCCGAGCGGGAGAACCUGCGCUUCCAGGUGAGGCUUCUCGAACGCGAUGUACGCGAGCGAGAGCCGAGCUUCAUUGAAAAACAGAUCGCACAGCUUGAGGCCGAGAAUCACAGCAAGGUGGCGGUGCUGGAGGAGUUUGGUCGACUGACUGCUCGACGCUCACAGCUGCAGUCGGCGCUCGCAGACAUGGAAGGGGCCCAGGUACAAAGUCCGGCCCUUGCAGCAUUGGAGGCCUCAUCCUUUCUUGCAGCAUCAAAUGAGGUCGACGACGAGGAUUUGGACAUGGCAAGGUGGGAAUGUCGGCGUUUGGAAAAGCGCUUGGCGCAGGCUCGAAGCUACAACUGUGAACUGCUCCAGGACCUGGAGCGCAAGCCAGCUAUGUCGACAAACGCAUCAGAGGAGACCGAAGUUGCGGCUUUAGUUGCACAGAACGAGGAGAUGUUGUCUAGGCUGCGCAGCAAGCUCCGCACGGCCCAAGGCACCCAGGUGUCCCCGCCCAAGGUGCCAAAGGCCCCACCUCCCAAGGGGCGGCGAGGAGGCGCAGAUGUGGUCGAGGUUUUGACCAUCGGUGCAGGACCAGAAGGCCAGGAUCUUGAGUGGCAGACCACACGAGCUCCAGCGCGAAAGCCAUGA